AAUCUGCAAACAAUUGCGUCAACAGCAACAGCAGCAGCAGCAGCAGUUGCCACAACAACAUUCACGACGGCUGCCACAAUUGCAACAACGCCCGCCGCGAGCAACUAUACGAAAGUGAGCGAUUAUCCGUACGCUGAUCUCCACCAGCAUCAUCACUUCGCUAGCACAGCGCCCCUGACCAGCACCGAAAGCUUCAAGCUGCGAUCCGAGGAGCCGGUGCCGGGCUUUAGCUCGGCCUCACCGUGGCCUACCCUCGAGCUGGGCAUGGACUGGGGACGCAAGCUGUAUCCCACCGCCGGGCCACGAUCCGCCAGCGGUCUAAUGUUCGGCCUGCCGCCCACGGCUGCCGACAUGAAUCAGCCGCGUGGACCGAUGACGUCGCUCAAGGAGGAACCGCUGGGCGGACGCUGGGCCAUGCAGCCGGUUGUCGAUCAGACCAAUCUGGGCAUUGGCCGCGCCCACUUUGAGAAACAGCCGCCCAGCAAUUUGCGCAAGUCGAAUUUCUUUCACUUUGUGAUCGCGCUCUACGAUCGCGCCGGCCAGCCCAUUGAGAUCGAGCGCACCGCCUUCAUUGGCUUCAUCGAGAAGGAUUCGGAGUCGGAUGCCACCAAGACUAACAAUGGCAUACAAUAUCGCUUGCAGUUGCUGUACGCUAACGGCGCACGACAAGAGCAAGAUAUCUUUGUCAGACUCAUCGAUUCGGUAACCAAAGCGGCCAUCAUCUAUGAGGGCCAGGACAAGAAUCCCGAGAUGUGCCGCGUGCUGCUGACGCACGAAGUGAUGUGCAGUCGCUGCUGUGAUAAGAAGAGCUGUGGUAACCGCAACGAGACACCAUCGGACCCCGUCAUUAUUGAUCGCUUUUUCCUCAAGUUCUUCUUGAAGUGCAAUCAAAAUUGCCUCAAAAAUGCUGGCAACCCGCGGGACAUGAGAAGAUUUCAGGUUGUCAUAUCCACCCAGGUGGCCGUGGAUGGACCUCUUCUAGCCAUCUCGGACAACAUGUUCGUGCACAACAAUUCGAAGCACGGACGCCGCGCCAAGCGACUGGACACAACGGAAGGUACAGGCAACACAUCCCUGUCCAUAUCCGGUCACCCCCUAGCGCCCGACAGUACCUACGAUGGUCUUUAUCCACCGUUGCCAGUGGCAACGCCGUGCAUUAAAGCGAUAUCGCCCAGCGAGGGAUGGACCACAGGUGGCGCCACCGUCAUCAUUGUGGGCGACAACUUCUUCGAUGGCCUCCAGGUGGUGUUUGGCACGAUGCUGGUGUGGAGCGAGCUGAUCACAUCCCAUGCGAUACGCGUCCAAACGCCACCGCGUCACAUACCCGGCGUCGUUGAGGUGACGCUCUCCUACAAGAGCAAACAGUUCUGCAAGGGAUCCCCCGGUCGCUUUGUUUAUGUCUCAGCACUCAAUGAACCCACUAUCGAUUACGGAUUUCAACGUCUACAGAAGCUAAUACCCCGCCAUCCCGGCGAUCCCGAGAAACUGCAAAAGGAGAUCAUACUGAAGCGUGCCGCGGAUCUAGUAGAAGCUCUCUACUCCAUGCCAAGCAGAUCGCCAGGCGGCUCCACCAGCUUCAAUUCCUAUGCCGGACAGCUGGCGGUGAGCGUGCAAGAUGGCAGCGGCCAAUGGACCGAGGAUGAUUACCAGCGUGCCCAAUCGAGCAGCGUUAGUCCACGUGGCGGCUACUGCAGCAGCGCCUCGACGCCCCACAGCUCCGGUGGCUCCUACGGUGCCACAGCGGCCACUGCGGCGGUGGCAGCCACUGCCAAUGGCUAUGCGCCGGCUCCCAACAUGGGCACAUUGUCCUCCUCGCCGGGCAGCGUCUUCAACUCCACCUCAAUGUCCGUAUCGACGCCUUGGCACUCGGCGCUGGUGCAGCAUCAUCAUGCAACUGCCACCCAUCCGCAUCACUAUCCGCAUCCGCAUCAGCCCUGGCACAAUCCUGCCGCAUCAGCAGCGACAGCAGCCGCCGUAUAAACACACACACACACACAUGGACAUGGAGCACAAAAGGCUGGGGAAAAACACUACAACACACACACAUGCAGACAGCCAACACACACACAGAUACACAUAUGCAGGCAGGCAGGCAGACAGGCAGACAGGCGCUUAUCGAGGGGCUAGCGACGCCCCCAAAAUGUGAAUCGGCAACAACAACAACAGCGGCAAGCAUCAUCAUCGACUGGUGAUAACUGUCCAUAAAACAAAACAACAACAACCAUCACAACAACAGCACACAAUCAACAACACACGUUCAACGGGGUCAGCAGCUUGAGUUUCAAUCCCUUCGCCCUGCCCACCUGCAACACACAGGGCUAUAGCACCAGCCAGCUGGUGACAUCAACCAAAUAAUAUUAUUAUUAAAUGAGGCUAUUGGCCGCUGUUCUUGUUUUCGCCACGCCCUCCAUGCGCUCCGUGGACACACGCCCACACCCACGCCCCACAGAAGUCACCAAUGAACAUCAAAUGAACAAAAAGACGCUCGAAAGUGCAAUAAAGCCAUGGAAAUAUACAUCGAUUUCCAAAAUGAAAACGAAUUAUCAAUAUACGAGUACAUCAAAUAUAUUUAUUGUAUAAAAACAAAAACACAAGAAGAAUUACAAAUUACAAACAAGUUUGUUUAUUUUACAUUGUCCUUGUAAAUUAAUGAAAAAAUCGAAAUUGAGCAAAAUGUUUAACCAUAUCAAAACACAUAUGAAUUAAACUGCAAACACUCAUAUCAAAUCGGGGACUACGAUCCACGACGACCCAGAAUAGAAUAAGAAUUACGAUAAUGCUGUGUCCAUUGAUCGAAAUCGAUUGAAGCUAUUAUCUGCAUUAAUUCCUGACACAUUUUGGCGAUUGGCUUGAUUAAUCGAUAUAUGUAAAUAUAUAUAGUCUUAUACAUAUACAUAUAUAUCUCGAAUAUUUAUUGGAUGUAAUAAUCGGAACUGUGAAUAGAACAAAUUAUACCAAUUUACAUACAUUACCUAUGAUGAUCUGAAAAAGUAAUACGAAAAUACAUAUUAUACAAAACUAAAACAUAUAAAAUUUAAUACAUUUUGGAUAUAUCUAAAUGCUUGUAUACGAAAAUUUACUACAAAAGAAUAACGAAAGAAAUAUAAUUAUUAUAUCACCCUACACUCACAAUUUUGUCAAAAGAUCAUUCAAUCAAAAAUACCAUAUCAUUUUUUCAAAAUUAUACGAAAAGAAACACACUUAAUGCCGAAGCGUUGUUCAAAUGUGAACAAUGUGAAAAGACCCAUAAUCAAAAUGAUAUAUACCUAAAGAUAAACGAAAAAAAAAGAAAAACAAAAAAUAGUUGGGCUAUAUACGAGUACUAUA